AUGACAAAAGAAACUCAGUCUACCGGUUAUCGUUUGCUUAGAAGUGACCCAGUCUUGACUGAUGAGUUAGAAGAACCACCGGAAUCAAUCCAAGAAGAAUUAUCAACCGACGACAAAGCAGCUGCCACCGACAAAUCUCCUUUGUGGAAAGCAGUAGUCAACUUAAUGAGUGACAUUGAGGGAACAGGCCUACUCGCACUACCAUAUGUCAUCGCUCAGAGUGGACUAGUGGCCAUAGCAGCAAUGGCAACCUUGCCAUUUAUCGCUUUCUACACUGGAGCAAUCUUGAUUGACUGCCUUUACGAAGAAAACGAUGCUGGAGAAAGAGUUCGUGUCGGAUCCAACUAUAAACAACUGGGUGAAGCUUGCUCCCCUCGUUUUGGCGGUACCAUAGUUUCCGCUAUCCAGUUAGUAGAACUUUUUCUCCUGGCAUCUUUGUACCUUGUAUUGUUUGCCUCGCUUUCGAAAGGUAUCUUUCCAGAUUUGCCGCUGUCCGACAAAGUAUGGAUGCUUCUCGCAGCUGCGGUGAGUCUUCCAACUUUAUUUGUGAAGAAUCUAUCGCAGGUUGCAUGGAUGAGUUUAUUGAGUGUGAUAGCUUUAAUGGUAGCUGUAGUUUCUGUUUUAGCCUACGGAAUAGCUCAUGAAUACUCAUGGGCCCCUAAGAGAAAUCUUGGUGUGGAAUAUAGAUGA